AAAAUUUUACAUAACUUAGAAACUUUGGAUCGUCUGAAUAUAAUACACGUCGCCGGUACGAAAGGAAAGGGCUCCACAUGUGCGUUUGCCGAAAGCAUUCUCAGGCAAUACGGUUAUCGAACCGGAUUCUUCAGCUCUCCGCAUCUGAUUCAAGUUCGCGAACGGAUACGAAUCAACGGUCAGCCAAUAUCUGAAAACGAGUUCGUGCGCUUCUUCUGGAUAGUGUACAACCGUCUGAUGUGCACUGAUCCUCAGGUAGAUUUUCUGAUCAGCUCUUGUAGGCAAAUGAAUCGUUUCAGGACAACCCAAGCGACAUAA